AUGACGCGUCGCUCCACCCCCUCCUCCGAGAUGCUGGCCAGCCUGACCACGCCCCCACUGGAGCCGUCCCGCUCCAUGGCCAGAGACAGAGCUGAGGAGAGACGAUUGGCUGCCGUCUCCACCAAUGGGGGCUCGUCCAGCUCAAUGCUGUGGGCGGGGCCAAAGACACAGGUUAAAGGAGUGUUUCCUGCACUCGGCUCCAUCGUCACGUGUUCAGUGUUUGUUUUCUCACCCUGUAGUGGUGCGAGAGUCGGCCCCGAUCACCACUCCUCCGUCAUACUCCACGGCCAUGAUGGUGGUCUGACACACGACAACAAACAGAUGACGGUUCACAACUUGUACAUAUUUGACCGCAAUGGAAACUGUUUGUAUUACAACGAGUGGAACCGCAAGAAGCAGGCGGGCAUCUCCAAGGAGGAGGAGUUCAAGCUGAUGUACGGGAUGCUCUUCUCCAUCCGCUCCUUCGUCAGCAAGAUGUCUCCUCUGGACAUGAAGGAGGGCUUCCUGUCCUUCCAGACCAGUAAGUAUCGUCUCCAUUACUACGAGACACCGAGCGGCCUGAAGUUCGUCUUGAACACCGACCUGUCAGUGACCAACGCCAGGGACACACUGCAGCACAUCUACAGCAAUGUGAGACACACACACACACCUAUGAGUGGGUUCCUCUAUAGAACCAGCUGAACUGCAGCUUUUUAAAGUGUAUUGAACAAAUCAAUCA